AUGGCUCAAAAUCGGACUUUAAAAGAGCUUGGAGCUCCAAAUUUAGAUCAACAACCCUUAUGCAUCACUUUUCCUGCUUUAGAUGCUAAUGUACAAUUUGAAUUAAAAUCUGGAUUAAUUCAUCUUUUGCCUUCUUUUCAUGGACUUACAGGUGAAGAUCCUCACAAACACUUAAAAGAAUUUCAUGUGGUGUGUUCAAGUAUGAAACCCACGGGGGUUACUGAGGAACAAAUCAUGUUGAGAGCUUUUCCAUUUUCUUUGAAAGAUUCAGCGAAGGAUUGGCUAUACUAUCUACCUUCAGGGAGCAUCACCACAUGGAAUGACUUGAAGACGGUGUUCCUUGGAAAAUAUUUCCCAACUUCAAGGGUGGCCAACAUAAGAAAGGAAAUCUGUGGUAUAAGGCAACACAAUGGAGAGUCAUUAUAUGAAUAUUGGGAGCGUUUCAAGAAGCUGUGUGCAAGCUGCCCUCAUCAUCAGAUUAGUGAGCAAUUACUCAUUCAAUACUUUUAUGAAGGACUUUUUCCAACUGAUAGAAGCAUGAUUGAUGCUGCAAGCGACGGUGCUUUAGUUGAUAAGACACCGGAUGCUGCAAAGAAUCUAAUUGCAAACAUGGUAGCAAAUUCUCAACAGUUUGGCAAUAAACUUGUCCAACCGUCCAAGCAAGUGAAUGAGGUAAGUAUUUCCAAUCUUGAACAACAAGUGGCUGGUUUAACUACUCAUGUUCGUCAAUUAGCUGUAGGAAAUAUGCAAACUGUGAAGGCCUGUGCAAUUUGCUCGGUAGUUGGGCACCAAACUGAUGCUUGCCCAACUCUUCAAGAAGAAUUUGUUGAACAUGUCAACAUGGCUGGAGGUUUUCCUGGACAACCUCAAGGUAAGUAUGAUCCAUUUUCUAAUACAUAUAAUCCUGGUAGGAGGGAUCACCCGAACCUUAGUUAUGGAAACUCACAAGGGAACCAGGUUGUUCAGAAUCGUUCUAAUUUUCAGCAGUAUAGACCACCAUUUCCUCCAAGACAACAACCGGCCCAAAGCUCUAACUCAGGUAUGAAUCUUGAAGAUAUUGUUAAGUCUCUUGCUACUAACACUUUAAAGUUCCAACAAGAAACACAACAAUUCCAACAAGAGACAAGGUCAAGUAUUCAAGAAACAAGGGCUAGUAUUCAGAACUUGGAAAGACAGGUGGGUCAACUGGCAACUACAGUCAACAGGUUGGAGGCACAAAACUCUAGAAACUUACCAUCUCAAACAGUCGUUAAUCCUAAAGAGAAUGUAAGUGCAAUUAGCGUGAGAGGUAUGUCGCUGGAAAGGAAUGUUGAUUCGGACAAUGAAACAAGUGUGGGGGACAUUGCCAACAAUAACGAGAAGUCUCAAGGUAAGUUUUCCUCUUUUUCUGAUUACAAACCAGUACCCCCAUUUCCUCAAGCUCUUUUAGAAACAAGAAAAACAAAGUCAAAUAAUGAUUUAUAUGAGAUAUUUCGUGAGUGUGAGGGUAAUAAUCCAUUGUUAGAUUCUAUUAAAAAAGUACCUCGCUAUGCAAAGUUUCUAAAAGAGUUAUGCACUAUGAAAAAGAAACAAAAUAAAGAGAGAGUUGAGGAGGUGAAAAUCCAAGAGAAUGUUUCUACUGUGAUUCAAAACAAGCUUCUUGAAAAGUGCAAAGAUCCAGGUUGUUAA